UUUAUUCUACCAAUUUUGGUAAUAAUUUACCGGAGUGGCAGCCCUGCUUGCAAUUAAAAUACCCUUCCGAACACUUUCUUCCCUCUAUUCUGAUUUUUCCACCCUGUAUUUUUUUGUUUACAAAUUUGGCGGCAAAACAUGAACAAAUCAGCUGCGUAUCAUAGCGAAAAGUAAAUAAUUGAAACAGCAAUGGAGCCUUGUGUUAUUGAAUUUAUUGGGGAGAAGUCCACCAUUGGCAUUGUACCAAACUUUUCAUUCGAUCCUUUGCAUUUGAUAUCGGGCAGUGUUGGACCAUUCCGCGCCGGUCUCCCAGUCCAUGUGCCGCUUUGGCUUGGUAUACAUCUACGUAAACAACAGAAGUGCCGCAUUGUGCCACCCGAAUGGAUGGACAUGGAGCUGUUGGAAGAAAUCAAGGAGGCAGAGAAAAAAUCAAAGUUCUUCACAAAAAUGCCCAGCGAACAUUACAUGGUCGAAGCGCAACUGAUCAUGAGUACUGCACCUGACGAUGUGCCGCAAUGUGAAGAGCUACGAACGAUUAUCAAAGAUAUAUUUGAUAUACGUGAAUCUAAAUUGCGCACUUCAAUUGACGCAUUCAUCAAGGGUGAAGGCACAUAUGCAAAGUUGGAUAAUUUAACACUUUUGGAAAUUCACACUGUAAGGCCAAUUCUCCCGCAUUCUUUGGAUCAUAUUGCUCGUUAUCAGCGGACGGCGAUGGCUACGCAACGGGAUACUUCUUCAUUAGGUUUGAGUAAUUCAAUGAAUACGAGUCAUUUCUCACAAUAAAUAAAGAAAAAAUAUACUCAUCUGCGUUUUCUACAUGAUAAAAACAUGGUUUUCUACAAAUACCUUUUUGGACAUUUUGCUCAGUAUUUUUGGCAUGCAAUCAUUUGCCAUGGCUUACCAUGGUUUUCUACAAAUACCACUUUGGACAUUUUGCUCAGUAUUUUUGGCAUGCAAUCAUUUGCUUUGAUUUUUCACUACAUUAACGAAUUUUGUGGUCUGGCAUCAUUUUUCAGUAGACAAUCAGCUGUUUGACUCAUCUUUGAUGACGUUUCGUGUUGAUGCAAUUUUUCCCUGUUUCAUUGGGAUUCGGUUUUUACGAAAAUUGAACAAAUUUUUAAAACCAUCCGGAAAUUGGCCAUUUAAAAGGUGCGUUCAUAAGUCAAAAUAUUAAGAAACGGACAUACAUAUACCACAAAAAGGCAAAUACAGGAACAACCUGGAAUUGAUUUGCCUCUUGUGGACUACCAAGAUCCUGUCGUUCAACUAAAAAAAAAAAA